UUGCUUAUCAGUUGGGUAUUUUUAUCAAUAAAAUUAUUAUCAAUUAAAGAGUAUUUCCCUGGGUUCCCUCAAUCAUUCCCCCUCAAAUAUUGCUUAAACAACUCCAAUUUGUUCUAAAAUGGCUUUGUAUUCAAAUCAACUUUCAUUGUCAUCAGAAAAUUUAGUAGCCAAAAAGAAGCCUAAAAAGCGAUCUUUGCUUCGUAUUAUUUGGACAAUUGUACGCAUUGUUCUCUUAGCUAUUGUAAUAGCGGUGAUUGCACAGCUCACUUGGAGUUUUAUAAUAUUCUCUGGUGUUUUCAAUAAUGCAUUAUUCAAAAUAUAUUCUGGCAAUGGAGGAUAUUUCUAUAAAUUUGAAAAGGAGUAUAAUCGUGUCUGGAAGAAUGAUCGAGAACGCUUAGAGCGCUUGAAGGUAUUUGAAGAAAAUUGCCGUAAAAUUGAGGAAUUAAAUGAAGAAGCUGUUGAAAGGGGAAAGAAUGUGACCUAUGGAAUUAAUUCGAUGACGGAUAUGACGGACCAAGAAUUUAAAAAGGUAAGUGAAGCAAAAUGGGUAUUAAGAAGCAAACUGCUUCUGAAGAAGCAAGAUUCUUUGGAUUUUAGUUUUAUGAAGCAAAGGGCUUCAGAAACGAUUUUAAGCUUAAAAAAAUAUUUUAUGAAGCAGUGCUUCAUAGUUGGCUAA